AUGGCACCUUCGAUCGCGUCUAGUGACAACCGGCCCGAGUCCGGGCGCCCGGCAGAGCACAACCACAAGGCUUCGCUCUCGAGCAGCGCCGACCCGAACUCGGCCCUAAUGGGGGAGCGUGCAGUGGACAGUGUCGGUUCGAAUGGCUUCUCCCUACGCUCAAUGCAGCAUCGCGACCGCGAGGGCAAGCUGAUCACGGAUCCUGACUUGUCCAACCCUACCCGUUAUCGAUUCGAGCGGCCCUUGGAUACAAUCCGGUCCUUUGAGGCGGCUAUUGAACGACGCAGACGAGAAAAUGCUGGCUUGUAGGGAGGACGCUGAGAAAGACUGAGGGCGGAAAUUCUAGAGGUGUACGAUUUAUUGUUUAUGUUUCAAUUCUGGCAGAUUGUAUUAUUGGGAGGCGUUCAAUGAUGUAAUGGAAGCGAUGAUCGAUGUCAAACCUCUGUUUUGUUUUGAGAUGAGAUGUGU